AUGGGUAGAUCUAAUCUUCUGAAAUUGGUAGUUCUGUUUGCAUUUCUAGUAUUGCACCCGGGAACAUACAGCCAAUGGGCACCUAGGCCACCUCUUGCUCCUCGACCUCUCUGUGUUUCUCAAUUUGCACUGGCCUCGCAUGCUUGUGGGGCUCUUCCCUUUAUGCCAAAUCCUCCACCGUCUCCUCCUUUGCCUCCAGUACUAGAUGAGCCAGACAUUAAUUAUCACAAGCAAAAGCAUGAAGAACAUGGGCAUAAAAAGCACGAGGAGCACAAGCAUAAUAAGCAUGAGGAGCAAGGGCAUAAUAAGCAUGAGGAGAACGGGCAUGAUAAGCAUGAGGAGCAAGGGCAUGGCCAUGAGCAUCAAAGGCAUAGGCAUCACGAACAUAGGCAUAGGGCAACGCCUUUAGAGAGGGAUUGCUGCCGGUGGCUGGCUGCAAUUGACAGUGUAUGUGUGUGUGAUCUGCUGGUGUACUUGCCGGCUUUUCUUUCCAAGCCGUUACACAAGUACACUGUUGUAGUGGGGGACACAUGUAAUGUUACAUACCCGUGUGCAUCAAGGAUAAGAUAA